GCAGGGGCACUAACUGGACCUCCAAGGGAACAGGGGGGAGCAUGGAGGCGGGCCUGGCUGGCACUCUGUUUGGAGGACCCCUUCACCUCCCGGCAGCUGUUGGCUGGGGUCCAUCUCUCUAACAGUGUCCACAGGACUUUGAGGAGGCACUCAGGACCCUCUAAUUUAUAGCCUGAGUAGCUUGUUACUGUCAAAGCAUUCGUGACCUAAAUUCUGCUAUUGACAAAAAUAUGAAGUGCUAUUUGUUUUCCCUGACCUCUUCGCACUAACUCCCCCUUGCCACCACCACCAGCAGCAGAAAUGUUUUGUCUCUCUCUUCUCUUCUCCUCUUCCUCUCCUCCCCUGGUUUGGUUUAAGUCUGUGUCUUCAAGGCAGACUUAGCUAGGAGCCCCAGACUGGGCAUAUGCAGGAUUCAUUACAAGAGAGACAAGCUCGAUAACAAGAUGUAUUACUGUUGCAGUCUGGCGAAAAUCGCUCAUUUCUAAAACAGUUUUUUUUUCUCCCUCUCUCUUCCCCCCCUCUCUCCGCUAACAGCUUUCUAAAGAACGUGAGCGUCUUCAGGCGAUGAUGGCCCACUUGCACAUGCGGCCCUCGGAGCCCAAGCCAUCUCCAAAACCUGUGAGUGCAUAUUGCUCUAUAUACAGUAAACAGGGUUUGGCUGAAUGAGCCCCAGCAGAUGAAAUGAAACAGUUUAACCGUCAGCAGUUAAAAUGGAUGGAGGGAUAAUAGUGGGAUGGAAAGGCAAUACCAGGUUACACAUCUCCUAUCAGAUACAUCUCAGUCUAUGGCAGAGAGGACAAUAGAGCCAGGAGUGUAUUAAAUCACAUGCUUGAGUCCUUUGCCAAAACGCUGGGCCAUUUCAUUGUGAUAGAUAUAAUGGUCAAAACAACCUGUUAGCAGUGCAAUAGCUGUUUAGCACCACAGUCCAAAGCAGCACUUAAAGUCGAGUGAGAGAAAUGCGAAGAUGUUUCAUUUUGACAACAAACACCUCAAAUGAUAGCUGUACUGGUAAAGAUGAUGAGCAAUGAAAUAGCCCAGUAAUAAGUAUGCAAUAAAAUGGGCCUAAAAUGGAUACAAAAUCCUACAAAUAUUGAAUAUGGAUACACUCACAAUACAAAUGUAUUUAAAUUAUACACAAAAUUAAAAACAUUAGAUUUGCAAAAACAAUGCAUAAAUUUAGUGAGUAUAUUACCUCAUUUUAUUAACAACAAGCGAAACAUUUAAGCUGCUUAGUAAGACUAAUAAAUUGGAGAGCAGAAACAUUGUUAGUAUGUUGCUGCUGCUUAGUAAGUGCCUAAUUUCAAUGGAAUAUUGUUCCUGCUCAUCACCUCCCAUCAUAUAAAGUAGAUAAUCACAAGAUAGAAUAAUUAUCCUGCAAACCCGUCAGGAAUCGUCUGCUUUCCUCCAAUUUAUUAUUCAAUCACUUUUUUUCCCCUCUUUUUUUUUUAUCUUCAAAACUCCAGCAGCUUGGUUACAUCUAGUCUAAUAAAGAAUGUUCCGGCCUGUAAUCCAAGACUGCAUAUGAAUGAAUCAUGUUAAUGAAGUAUUGCAUUACAUAAAUCGCACAUGAAAGAACUGCUAAUUGCGUUUGAUGGUGGGUAAUUCAUACAGAGAUCUUUAAAUGAACUAACUCUCUCCAGCUUCAGUUUUAAGGGUCCCCCCUUUGGAGAACUAGAGAGGAGAGUAGUAAUACUGUAGAUUUUGGCAUAUGAAAAUGACUACAUGUGUAUAAUACGUGUUAUAUGCAAAAAUGCAUAGUUCCACCGCAAUAGGAGAUGGGUAAUAGAUAUCAUAACACCACGAACAUGGCUUGGGCUGGGGUUGAAACAGCCCACAUAUUUGAUAAAUAUUAAUAGUAUGAAUUUAUUGCCGGCUGCUGAAAUGAGUCCUGUUGGUUCAUCACUGCAACCUUUAACAGCUAUCAGUAGCCCAACACAAGGUGUUCCUCGCGCUGGGUGCACUGUCUAUUAUAUGACCCCAUUUGCUCUCUGAAUGGCACUUCAUUAAAUGUUACCUUUUAGCCAUGCCAUGGAUGGAUGAAAAUCAAAGUUACCAAGGCUGCAAGUCCCUGAAUAAUGAGUUUUUUUUCUCUCUCUCUCUCCCAGACCCAACCUUGAAUAUAUAUAUUCAGAUGAGCAGAGAGGUGGCAAAGUGCUCAUCCCUGCCUCUCAUUCGCUCUCCCUCUCAGUUAGGGCUUUAAUAAAUUCAAUUUUGCAAAUACUAGGAUUGUAUGCCUGCAAACAUGUUACGCUUGUUGCCGUACCUGGUGGGGAGGGAGGAGAAAAAAAAUAAAUCUUAACACUAUAAAUAUACAUGCUAUUACACACACACACACUUAAUAUGAUUUAUUAUUGAGUGCAUUUUUGCUGUGUUAAACAGUGUAUCCAAACCCAUUGUGGGUCCCUGUGUUGAACAUGUAGCAUAUAAUGACUGUGUAGUUCACAGUGUAGCUGGGGCAGUGUGUGUGUGUGUGUGCAUGUGUGUGCGUGUGUGUGUGUGAGUGUGUGUGUGUGUGUGUGUGUGUGUGUGUGUGUGUGUGUGUGUGUGUGUGUGUGUGUGUGUGUGUGUGUGUGUGUGUGUGUGUGUGUGUAUGUGUGUGUGUGUGUGUAUGUAUGUGUGAAUGAAUGGGGGAUUAAGUAGGAACACACUUCAAAGACCUGGUUGGUUUGGUGCCUUGACCUGACCUGUUAUGAAUUAUAUGGAGAUUCCUGUAUUAUACACAUCAAAUACACUGUUUUGUAAGCUGUCGUAGGAAAAAAAAACGGCAAUAUACAUUUUCCUUUUCAAUUGUCCUGCUAGUUUACUGGCUUUACUGUGGGCUACAGUGACAGUUGCUGUAGUCUAGUCUACUUUCCUCCCAAAAUUAGUAAAGUGUUUCUAUCAGACAAUGAUGGAUAUGAGUUGUCCAUCAUCAUUAUUAUUCCGUAAUUAAAUGACAUAAUUAGCACAUGAAAAUAAUAAUGAAUUAGCAUUUUAGGCCACAGCUAGCCUAUGCAGUAACUCUGCAGUCCUAUGGAAAGUUAUUCUCUCCUCUGACUAGUUUGAGUUAACAUAAUAAAUAACAAUAUAUGCCAUUUAGCAGACACUUCUAUCCAAAGCGACUUGCAGCCAUGCGUGCAUAUAUUUCUCGUACGGGUGGUCCUGGGAAUCGAACCCACUAUCCUGGCGUUGCAAGCACCAUGCACUUCCAACUGAGCUACAGAAGUACUGUUGCUCAAUACAGGCCAUACUAUUAACUAGCUGCCAGUCAUCUCAGCCUAGACAGUCCCUCCCAGUGUCAGCUCAUUAGCCUUUGCUAUAAUGAUCAGCUGAAAACCAUACAUGCACCAUAGUCUCUCCAACCAGACAUCUCAUUGUAUUUAUCAACACAUGCUGUCGCAAAUUAUUGUUGAGGCCUCUCGCUCUCUCGCUCCCCUUUCAAAGUGAUCUCCAGUCACUUUUAAUUCACAACGUUCACCAGCAUUCCACUCGCCCUAUUUGCAAUUAAGCCAAUUUGGUUUGAAUAUGUAAUGAUGUCAUUUCCAUUCCACCUAAAUUAGCACAGAGACCCAAAGGUCAGGGUGGAAAUUUCCACUCGGUUGGUUGGAACCCCGACAAUCACAUCACAUGCUCUGUGGAUUAGUGAUGGGCUUCAGUUAGCGUUGGCGGCGAGGUAAAGUGACUGGUCGGGUUUCAAAGAGGAAAGAAGCCGUGGCCACCAGGCGCAUCGCUAUUGUUUUGUAUCCAGGAAAGGUCAGGGUUGCCUGUGCUGUGGCUCGGCCAGCUGUAGCCAGCUGUAGCCAGGUGGUGGAGGUGGCUCUCUCUGGCUCUCACCCUCCCUAAGUUUAAUACACAUUACACAGUGAGUUGUCUCUAUGUGGGCUAGAGAUGGUGGUUGGGAUAACACGGAGGGCUGAUCAUUAGAUCAUCUUUACCAGCGUGCUCUAAUUAGAAUUCUUAUGAUACAAUUUUAUCCUUUAAUUAGUGGAGAUUGGCUGCUUCCUCUAACGCAGCUUAUUAGUGGAACCACAGUUGUAGAACUGUAGAGAGAAUCCACUCUCAUUUGUCAGAGUGCCCCUUCUAAUGUAAAACCUUCUUUCUUUCUCCCUCCCUCUCUCCAUCCUCUACUUCCCUCACUCCUUUUUCUCUCUCUCCCUCUUUCACUUUUCCCUGUCUCACCCUCCUUCACUCCCUCUCCUUGCUUUCCUCACUCCCUCUCUCCCUCACUCCUUUCCUCCUUACUCAGCUGAACUUGGUGUCAAGCGUCACCAUGUCAAAGAACCUGCCGUCGGUGUCCCCUCCGAACGUACCUCAGACCCCCACCACGCCCAGCGCCCCCGUGACACCCAUGUCCCAGGUUCCCCAGGUGCCCUCCCUGCUCAGCGCCGCCAACGUCCCCAGCAUGGGCGCCAUGCGCAGACGUCACUCCGACAAGUACUCCAUGCAACUGUCUUCAGGUAAGAACUUCUACACUAAGCUCAGUCACCUACUGUUAUGAUAAUUAAUAAAGUUGGAUUCAAUUGAAUUGAAUUGGAAUACUGAGUUGGACUCCUUUCAAUGCUUUGUCACUAAUGGUUGUUGUUGUACAAUCGCACAGUGUUUAUUCCAAUAUGGAAUGUUGGAUUUAAAAGGAAAAAAGGCCUCUGUUUAAUCAAUCUAAAUGUAAAUAGACCAGAACUUUUUCUGAGCUUAAAUAUUACAUGAAUGUUAAUUAAGUUAGAACGUUAAGACGUUCUAUGUAUUAAGCUCUUUGCAUUUUAAAAGGGCUGUCUUUGAAGUUUAUAUUUACUCUCUGGUAUUUAAUAUAAAAUAUGCAUAAAUUAUUCAAGUUCAUACAAAAUAUCUACAUUGAUCUAAUUUUAUAUGGAUGUAUUAGUGUUUAAGAUUUCUCAUGAGAGAGAUUAAUAAAAAAUCAAUUUUGCUAGAGAUGGAAAAUGCUGAUUUGAUGUGUGCUCCCCUCCCUCUCCCUCUUCUCUUUCUCUCCCUCUUUUCAUUUGAUGAAACCCUAAACUCAUUCCAAUACCUUGAGGAAUAAAAUUUACCAAUUAUUUCAGGUGGUGACACAGUAUUUAUUUUUCCAGAGAUCGCCCCAAACUAUGAGUUUUAUAAGAAUGCUGAUGUCAGACCGCCAUUUACUUAUGCAACCCUCAUAAGGCAGGUGAGUGGGAGAAAAAAUUAAUUAACUUUGCCUGAUUAGAUUUAAAUUAAUUGCUGCUUGAAUCGCAGGCAGCUCUGAGAGUGUGUCAUGCUGCCUAGUUAGUAAACCAUUAUUUGAUGUCAUGUCAUUUCAGGGUAUCAUGGAGUCGGGCGACAUGCAGUUAACGCUUAAUGAAAUCUACAGCUGGUUCACGCGCACGUUCGCUUACUUCAGACGCAACGCAGCUACUUGGAAGGUACCUACCCUAAACCUACUCUUACAGCCUUAGAGUACACUACUUCCUCAUUAAGAGACACCUCUUUGUGCCAUACCUGCAGGAAGAAAAGCUUGGAGGAACAUUUAUUUACUUGACACCAACAGAUUAGUAUCCCACUCCCCUCUCUUUAACCUGACCUCUUGAAUAUAAUUAAUUUUUCCAACCUCUUUCUCUCAGAUGACAAGUGAAAGAAUAAUUCUGCCUCUGAUAUCGUUUUCUAAUUUGGUGCAAUUAAUAGGCGAGGCUGUGGCUGAGGAGUAGGGCCUGGCACGCUAAUUACAAUACAGCCACUCAAUCAUCAGCACCUUUUGUUACCAUGCACCGUAUUACUUCUCCUCCUCUCCCUCCCCUCUCUCUCUUUCUCUCUCCCUCUCUCUCUCUCACUCUCUAUCUAUCUCUCUCUCCUCUUUCUCUCUCUCUCUCGCUCUUCCUCUCUCUCCCUCUCUCUCUCCAUCCCUCCUCCCACACCCACCCAGCCUCUCUUGCAUAUCAUUGGUUAAUUAGUCUGAAAGAUGGCUGUUUGCCUAGGGAGGCUGGGGCUGUGGCAGGGGGUUUUGUGUUUAGUGUCUGGCCCGUGUGCUCCUAUACACACACCAUAGCUCAUAGUGGCGGCCUGGCGGCCGCGUGUCCAACUGAGGGGUUAUGGCCGUUCAGCCGGAACUAAAGGAGAACCAAAGUGAGAAUUGGCCUGUCAGGGAGAGAACACACUUUAUUUACCAGGACAAAAGGACUCAUGUGUAUCUCUGUCCUAUACAACUUUCAUUGCCUGCCUCUCCAACACAGUUAAAAAUGUCUUCUUGAUGCAUCUGUUUUGGUAGAAAUGUGUGUGUGUUGCUGAUAAGUAUAUUCCCUCCCUCUACCCCAACAAUACAUGUAUCAGUGUUUUAUUCUCACCCACCUUAAGCAUAAUUCGUUAGCCAGUGGCCAUUGUGGAUACUCAGGACAAGGAGAGGGUGUGGGGAUCAGGAUACAUCCACCUCUCAUCAGCAUGCAAAGCAUAUCAGCGCACUAGGUUUAGCAAAGUGAAUUAAUUUGGAUUUGGGAUGCAAAUGAUGUCGGCGUGUGAUUACUGUUCCACAAGGGUGUGCUGCAAAAGACUCCGGACUCUUCCGGAUUGUCACACAGUCGCGUGUGUUUUUUUGACUUAUUUAGUCAAUUGUUUUAUCACUAACUGGUCAUUAACCAGCUUACACAUUACACACUCUCUAUCUCUCGCUCUCUGACACACACACACAUUUCUUUUUUGAAAGGCCCAGUCGUGGCCCAGUCGUGAUAUACAGAAGUGGGCACAAUUGGCAUUAGAAAUAUCUCAGUCCCUCUCUCUUUCACAAUAACCUAGGUGAUAUAUUUACAUUUUGAGCUCCCACAUUUCCUUUGUAAGGCGUUAGAGGGAUGAUCUGUGAUGGGCUUGUCAUUUGAUUAACUGAGAGAAUUUAAAAAAGAAAAAAGAAAGGUGAUUUAAUAUCUCAGCUUGGUCUCAUCAGCUCUGAGACUGGAGGAUCCAGCCUCCGCUCUGCUCAGCUCCUCACUCCCCAGAAGCUUAUUAGUUCUAACUAUAUAGCAUGCAUAAUAAAACUGCUCAUGUUCUCAUUAAUAUUAAAAUGAUCAUAUUCAGAGCCAUGGGCAUUAAGAUCAAUCAAAUCCUGGGAUUUUCAGGUCAGAUGCGAAGAUCUGCUUAUGUUUUUUUUUCUUCUUUAAAGAAUCUAUUUUCUUAGAGGGAAAAAACUGUAUACCUCGUUGGAGAAAUAAUGCAUAUGAAAGCGGGUGAUAUUAAAGCAAAGGUUAUUAUUUGUAGGCUUUUUGAUGCAUGUUAUAAGUAUAACUUAUCUGGAAUGUUGGGGAGGAAUAUUGUAUUUCUUUUGUUGAUUUUCUUGUAUUAAUGCAUGCAUAUCUCAGGUCAUUUUGAUAGCAAGGCUUUGCUUUAAGGGUAUGUGACAAUAUUACAACAAAAAGGUGUCAUAAUCUGAUCAUUCAUUUGACUCUUAUCUUGACAGCAUGCACAUACUAUUUAGAUAUUUUAGAUAUCUUGUCAGCCCACCCCAAAACGUACCCUCUCACACCAACCCUCAUCCUCCUCAUAUCCCCCACACCUCAUAUUGUCACCAGGUUAGAAGUUAGCCACAGGAUGGGAAGGGCCUCAAAUCUCUGAUACUGUCAUCUUCUAAAGAUACUGCCAUUAAGACUAGAGCAGAGGGUAGAGGGCUGCUGCUGCUACUGACAUCACCAUUAUCACCACAGCAUUACCACUUCUGUCACCAAAAGCCAUUCGCUAUGCUGAUUACCUCCUUUCAGCCUACUUACUCUGAUUGAUAUGUACUGUGUGUGACUUGUAAGUGCAUUCGCACUCACUCACUUUGACUAAUUAAAUCAAUGGUGCGUGAAUGUUAAGAAUUUCAAAAAUUUCAAUUUGCGUUCGUUUUUUUCCCUUCCUUUCUUAGGUGGAUAAUAAAAAAAUAAAAUUACUCUUUCCAUGACCUUUCUCUCCUUUUUUCCAUCUGUAGAACGCCGUUCGCCACAACCUCAGUCUGCACAAGUGCUUUGUGCGUGUGGAGAACGUGAAGGGGGCCGUGUGGACGGUGGAUGAGAUGGAGUACCAAAAACGCAGGUCUCAGAAGAUAACAGGGUACAUUAGAGCAGAGCUGUCACUCUAACUCCCCACCUAGUCCUAGGGCCUGUACCGUAUUACCACUAAUAUUCAGCCAUUUUAAAAUAUCACUGUAGUACAGUAUAUGGUGUCUGUUCAAGGGCUGCCGUUCAUUCUAGGAUGAUUUAAUGUCACAGCUAUUAGGGGAAAUACGUAUUUUAAAUGUUACACCACUCGACUGUUUCACUGUUUAAUAAACAAUGAUAAUUUAGAUAUUUUUUAUAUCGACCAGAAUUGUUAUUGUUUUUUAUGUUGGAAUAUGCCAUAUUGUAAAAAUAAGAAUGUUUAUUUCAAACUGUUAUGUGUAUUUGUGUUUCCUGGUGUAGAAGCCCGACGCUUGUGAAGAACCUUCCCUCCAGCCUGGGCUAUGGAGCUGCUUUAAACGCCAGCUUACAGGUAAACACCCAGUAUUAACCUGCGGUUGCUCUGUCAGAUCCUGUAUGCUAGACAAAAUGUGACUGAUUCCCCUCCAUUGUAUUGUGGGUACUAUAGCCUACAGAUGUCUAUGUGUGUGGUUUAUGUGUGGUUAAAUGGGAGUCGUUCAGCCUAAUGUACUGUAUGUUCAUAGUCAGGAAAGAGAGACAGAAGAAAGUGGCUAAAGUUGAGUGCAGGGUCUCUCUCCUCCCUCUCUCGCCCUCCUCUCUCUCACUCACUCCAGCUCCCUCCAUCUCUCUCCCUCUCUCUCCUUCUCGCUCCAUCUCUCUCCAUCUCUCUCUAUCUCUCUCCAUCUCUCUCCUCCCUCCUCUCUCUCCCUCCCUCCAUCUCUCGCCAUCUCUCUCCUCCCUCCUCUCUCUCCCUCCCUCCAUCUCCCUCCAUCUCUCUCCUUCUCUCUCCCUCUCUCCAUCUCUCUCCAUCUCUCUCCCUCCCUCCAGCUCUCUCCAUCUCUCUCCUUCUCCCUCCAUCUGUCUUGUUGAGAUCAGUGAGAAUGGAGGCCACCCUGUGGCUAGAGCAGGAACCAGCUCUUUCUCUCUCUCAGCUUGAAUACAGGCUGAGAUUGAUAGCAGCCGCAGCAAAUGCAAGGGCAUUUGCAUUAAUAUUUAUCCAAGCUGUCAUAAAUGAUUUGGCUUCAUACUGUUGGCCAGCUAGCAAGGUGCGCGUGGCAAAAACAUUAAAAUGUAAUCGCAAAUAUAACUUUAAGGCGCAGGAGGCAAAAGUGUCAGGAGUUCUAUAUUAUUUUGGAGGUAACAUCUUUUGUCUGUUUAAUAGUAAUCGAAAGACGUCAAAAAUCUUUCAUAGUGUGGAGUUAUAUUGAGUCGAAUAAACCAUAAGUGAAAACUAUCCAGUGAUGGUUGUAAACUAUCCAAUCAUUAGUAAUUAAAAUCCUCUAGAAAGCAUCCAGUAAUUGUCUUAAAGGAAAAUUCCACCCAAAAUGUACAACUUUCAAAAUACAGAAAUACAGCUCCCCACAGCUGUCUUUUGUUAGCUUAAUAGCUUGUGAAAAGUCUUUACUAGUAUUAUCUGUAUUUGGAUAGUUAUAUAUCUUGAAAUUUGAUUGCUGACAUGCAAGACAUUUUGGGACAAUGUCAACAAUGGACUAUUGAAACAAAUAUCAAAAGAUAGUUUUUGGGAGGAAUUUUCCUUUAAGUGUUAGGUUUAUCUCCAUGAUGGCCUAUAAUCUGAAUACCCUCUUGUCUCUUCCUUCCCUCUCUCUCUCUCUCUCUCUCUCUCUCUCUCUCUCUCUCUCUCUCUCUCUCUCUCUCUCUUUCUCUCCCUUCGCUUUCUUCCGCUCCCUCCUCUCUCCCUCCCUCCCCCUCUCUCUAUCACCCUCCCCCCUUCUCUCUCCCACCCUCUUCCUCCCUCUCCCCUACCCCUUCCUCUCCCUCUCUCCCCCUCUCCCUUCCUCCCUCCCAGGCGGCGCUGGCUGAGACCUCCCUGCCUCUGCUGGGGAACCCUGGUCUGAUGAACAGCAGUUCGUCUGGCUUGAUGGGAGGCAGUCCUCCUGGUCUAAUGGGCGGGAGCCCCCCUGGUAUGCUUGGCGGUAGCCCCCAUGGAUUUAUGGGUGGUAGCCCCCAUGGAUUCAUGGGCGGGAGCCCCCAUGGGUUGAUGGGCGGCAGCCCCACAGGAAUGAUGGGUAGCAGCCCCCCCAGCCUGCUCCAGUCCAGUCACGACGACCUGAAUGGAUCGCUGGAUCACCUGGACACCAAUGGCCACAGCAGCCCUGGAGAAUACUCCCCACAGGCACACAUGUAAGUAGCACUCAGUGGCUUUUCGUUGGAGAGGUGUCGCACGCACACACACACACACACACCUACCUCAGUGUGUUCACUGUAACACAGAGAGAGAGUUGGUGACAGACCUCCCCCUCUGUUCCAUGUAGCAGAUGAUACAGUAGCAACAGUGGAUCCCCACUCUUCCCAUAGCUGUUAGCAUCGUAGCUUGUUAAAAGUCUUUACUAGAUUAUAACAUAGUGGGAGGUUUUUGGGGGCUAAUUUGAUUUUAGUACAAAAUAUCACACAUAUUUCGACGGUUCAAAGACAUCUUAAUUUCAACUACACAUUAUGCCACAACUAAAGUGAGGUUUACAUUUGGCUUUCAGUUGUAACAGUUAUAACCUAUAAAAAUAAGAUAAUUACACAUUCGGUUUUAAUUACUCCAACGUCUGCAUUGUAGGGGUUUAGAUGUUAUAUUUUAUUCAAGACCGUCCCUAUUAAUAUUUAGCGGCUAACUGUAUCAUUAAUUACUUUAAAAUCUUUGCCUUCUCUGUCUUUUUUAAUGGAGCCGAGAAAGAAGAGAGCCAUUAAAAAUGUAUGUCAUGUGGGUUUCAGGAAUGUGUAUGUUCCAAAUGUGCUUCCCCCUAACCAGUGAUGUCACACGUGUCACUGAAAGAGCUGCACAAUCUGGACCCCUACAAAUCAGCUGGGCUAGACAAUCUGGACCCUUUCUUUCUAAAAUUAGCCGCCAAAAUUGUCGCAACCCCUAUUACUAGCCUGUCCAACCUCUCUUUCGUAUCGUCUGAGAUCCCCAGAGAUUGGAAAGCUGCCGCGGUCAUCCCGCUCUUCAAAGGGGGUGACACUCUAGAUCCAAACUGUUACAGACCUAUAUCCAUCCUGCCCUACCUUUCGAAAGUAUUUGAAAGCCAAUUUAACAAACAGAUCACCGACCAUUUCGAAUCCCACUGUACCUUCUCCACUAUGCAAUCUGGUUUCCGAGCUGGUCAUGGGUGCACCUCAGCCACGCUCAAGGUCCUAAACUAUAUAAUAACCGCGAUCGAUAAAAGACAGUACUGUGCAGCCGUCUUUAUUGACCUGGCCAAGGUUUUUGACUCUGUCAAUCACCGCAUUCUUAUUGGCAGACUAAAUAGCCUUGGUUUCACAAAUGACUGCCUCGCCUGGUUCACCAACUACUCCUCAGAUAGAGUUCAAUGUGUCAAAUCGGAGGGCCUGUUGUCUGGACCUCUGGCAGUCUCUAUGGGGGUGCCACAGGGUUCAAUUCUCGGGCCGACUGCUGGUGACUCUCAGAUCCACCUCUACGCAGACGACACCAUUUUGUAUACAUCUGGCCCUUCAUAGGACACUGUGUUAACAAACCUCCAAAUGAGCUUCAAUGCCAUACAACACUCCUUCCGUGGCCUCCAACUGCUCUUAAACGCUAGUAAAACUAAAUGCAUGCUCUUCAAUCGAACGCUGCUUGCACCCGUCCGCCCGACUAGAAUCACUACUCUCGGCGGGUCUGACUUAGAAUAUGUGGACAACUACAAAGACCUAGGUGUCUGGUUAGACCAUAAACUCUCCUUCCAGACUCACAUUAAGCAUCUCCAAUCCAAAGUUAAAUCUAGAAUCGGCUUCCUAUUUCGCAACAAAGCCUCCUUCACUCAUGCUGCUAAACAUGCCCUCGUAAAACUGACUAUCCUACCGAUCCUUGACUUCGGCGAUGUCAUUUACAAAAUAGCAUCCAACACUCUACUCAGCAAAUUGGAUGUAGUCUAUAACAGUGCCAUCCGUUUUGUCACCAAAGCCCCAUAUACUACUCACCAUUGUGACCUGUACGCUCUCGUUGGCUGGCCCUCACUACAUAUUCGUUGCCAAACCCACUGGCUCCAGGUCAUCUAUAAAUCUCUUCUAGGCAAAUCCCUGCCUUAUCUUAGCUCAUUGGUCACCAUAGCAACACCCACCCGUAGUAUGCAUUCCAGCAGGUAUAUCUCACUGGUCAUCCCCAAAGCCAACACCUCCUUUGGCCGCCAUUCCUUCCAGUUCUCUGCUGCAAAUGACUGGAACAAACUGCAAAAAUCUCUGAAGCUGGAGACACUUAUCUCCCUCACUAUCUUUAAGCAUCAGUUGUCAGAGCAGCUUACCGAUCACUGCACCUGUACACAGCCCAUCUGUAAUUAGCCCACCCAACUACCUCAUCCCAAUAUUGUUAUUUACAUUGUUAUUUAUUUUGCUCAUUUGCACCCCAGUAUCUCUAUUUGCACAUCAUCUUCUGCACAUCUAUCACUCCAGUGUUAAUACUAAAUUGUAAUUAUUUUGCACUAUGGCCUAUUUAUUGCCUUACCUCCAUAACUUAUAACAUUUGCACACACUGUACAGUGGGGAGAACAAGUAUUUGAUACACUGCCGAUUUUGCAGGUUUUCCUACUUACAAAGCAUGUAGAGGUCUGUAAUUUUUAUCAUAGGUACACUUCAACUGUGAGAGAUGGAAUCUAAAACAAAAAUCCAGAAAAUCACAUUGUAUGAUUUUUAAGUAAUUAAUUUGCAUUUUAUUGCAUGACAUAAGUAUUUGAUACAUCAGAAAAGCAGAACUUAAUAUUUGGUACAGAAACCUUUGUUUGCAAUUACAGAGAUCAUACGUUUCCUGUAGGUCUUGACCAGGUUUGCACACACUGCAGCAGGGAUUUUGGCCCACUACUCCAUACAGACCUUCUCCAGAUCCUUCAGGUUUCGGGGCUGUCGCUGGGCAAUACGGACUUUCAGCUCCCUCCAAAGAUUUUCUAUUGGGUUCAGGUCUGGAGACUGGCUAGGCCACUCCAGGACCUUGAGAUGCUUCUUACAGAACCACUCCUUAGUUGCCCUGGCUGUGUGUUUCGGGUCGUUGUCAUGCUGGAAGACCCAGCCACGACCCAUCUUCAAUGCUCUUACUGAGGUAAGGAGGUUGUUGGCCAAGAUCUCGCGAUACAUGGCCCCAUCCAUCCUCCCCUCAAUACGGUGCAGUCGUUCUGUCUCCUUUGCAGAAAAGCAUCCCCAAAGAAUGAUGUUUCCACCUCCAUGCUUCACGGUUGGGAUGGUGUUCUUGGGGUUGUACUCAUCCUUCUUCUUCCUCCAAACACGGCGAGUGGAGUUUAGACCAAAAAGCUCUAUUUUUGUCUCAUCAGACCACUUGACCUUCUCCCAUUCCUCCUCUGGAUCAUCCAGAUGGUCAAUGGCAAACUUCCGACGGACCUGGACAUGCGCUGGCUUGAGCAGGGGGACCUUGCGUGCGCUGCAGGAUUUUAAUCCAUGACGGCGUAGUGUGUUACUAAUAGUUUUCUUUGAGACUGUGGUCCCAGCUCUCUUCAGGUCAUUGACCAGGUCCUGCCAUGUAGUUAUGGGCUGAUCCCUCACCUUCCUCAUGAUCAUUGAUGCCCCAUGAGGUGAGAUCUUGCAUGGAGCCCCAGACCGAGGGUGAUUGACCUUCAUCUUGAACUUCUUCCAUUUUCUAAUAAUUGCGCCAACAGUUGUUGCCUUCUCACCAAGCUGCUUGCCUAUUGUCCUGUAGCCCAUCCCAGCCUUGUGCAGGUCUACAAUUUUAUCCCUGAUGUCCUUACACAGCUCUCUGGUCUUGGCCAUUGUGGAGAGGUUGGAGUCUGUUUGAUUGAGUGUGUGGAUAGGUGUCUUUUAUACAGGUAACGAGUUCAAACAGGUGCAGUUAAUACAGGUAAUGAGUGGAGAACAGGAGGGCUUCUUAAAGAAAAACUAACAGGUCUGUGAGAGCCGGAAUUCUUACUGGUUGGUAGUUGAUCAAAUACUUAUGUCAUGCAAUAAAAUGCAAAUGAAUUACUUAAAAAUCAUACAAUGUGAUUUUCUGGAUUUUUGUUUUAGAUUCCGUCUCUCACAGUUGAAGUGUACCUAUGAUAAAAAUUACAGACCUCUACAUGCUUUGUAAGUAGGAAAACCUGCAAAAUCGGCAGUGUAUCAAAUACUUGUUCUCCCCACUGUAUAUAGAUUUUCUAUUGUGUUAUUGACUGUACGUUUUGUUUAUUCCAUAUGUAACUCUGUGUUUGUUGUUUUUAUCGCACUGCUUUGCUUUAUCUUGGCCAGGUCGCAGUUGUAAAUGAGAACUUGUUCUCAACUGGCUUACCUGGUUAAAUAAAGGUGAAAUAUAUAUAUAUUUUUUUUAAGUCCAUGUUUACCUUGCCAAAGAUAGGAAAUGGAGCACCAAGGGCGCUGAAUGUGAAGCUACUACUUCCUCCAUCCCCCACACACUUCCGCACCCCGCCCCCCAUUUGAAAUCAAUGAUGCAAGCCACAGUAGCUAACUUGCUAGCCAUCUCUGGAGUAGAACCGGGUGUUAAGACAGUUCUGUAUCGAAGAAGGGCACUGACUGUUCUGAGAGGAACUGGCCUAACCCAUACAUUAAUUUGUUUGGAUGUGUUUAAUCCUUUCGGAAAUGGGCCAGAGUGGGGGGGGGGGGGGGGGGGGGGGGGUGUUAAGUGGGGCAAAUCUACAGUGCCAGACAGAAUCCCUGUGUAUCCACUCCCCCAGGUUAUUUAACUUUUAAUAACGGACAGAACAGGAGACUCUCUCUCUCAGACGACCUCGCCUCGGUGUGAGGGGCUGCUGUGGAGGCUGCCUCCACUACCGCUCGCCGCCUUCACACGGCCGCAACAUCCUCAAAAUGGAAGAAAUGUGUUUUUAUGAGUGGGUUCUCUGGGAUGCACUUAAUAAUGAAGGGAGAGUAACACUAACUAAAGAGUACACGGUAUACCAGGCGAUCCUCAGGAGAGAGCAGGGAAACUUCAGAAACCAAGUGAAUCGAACAAUUAGACAAACCUUUUUCCCCCACUUCUGGAGGUUAAUGUUAUCAGCCAAACAGCGACUCAGAUAGCUCCAGGCAUGUUACCAUUUAUGUGUGUGUCCCCUCAAGGGUAUGCUUAAGAGGAAGAAAAGACUAAAGAAGACAGGAACUAGAUGUGCUAGCUAGAAUUACAGUACAGUAGGAUGCUGCUAAAAGACUUCAGUAAAAGCAGUUUCACUUUGAAUAAAAGAGAUUUAGACUUUCAAAAAUGUACGCAUGUUGACCACAGUAUCACAUUGUAAAAUUUGUGAAACAAUUUACCCCAAAUCCUUAGUUUUUUAUGUUGCAUUGUUUUGUAAGCCAUUAAGUUGUUGUAUGUACUUUUAUCACUCCACACUCCUUGAUAACCAUAAAUGAUCCAUGUUCAGAUGCUAUGAUGUGUGUCACUCUGUCCUCUGAUCGUCCCCCGCCCCUCAUUAACUUACGACACAUAGCUAAUUAUGUUAUUUGCAUCCCUGCCUUGCCUCAUACAGACCGUGAUUACCAGUGAUCAUAAUCUCCCAGUGAUGAUGAUGAGUCUCUGUCCAAGAUGCACUUAUGAACCACACACACACAACACACACACACAUGAACGUCACGCACACACACACACAUAGCUGGUAUUUAUCAGACACAGAGCCUAGGCAUUUAGUCCAGACUUCAUAAUGCCAGCUAGCCAUUAACGACUAAAUGACUCAUCCAAUGGUUCUCUAAUACAGUCUAUAGCCCCAACGAGGACUAAUCAUUUUUCUCCUUUCUUUUUUUCAUUUUCCAACCACACAAGCAAGUUAGUGAUUUAUAAUGAAUGCAAAUGAAAGCUGUGAGCUAUGCCUGUGAUGGUGAGGAGAAAAGGUUGUGCUGCUGGCUGUCUAAUGGCUGUGCUACUGAUUACAGUCUGGUCCUGCCUUGUUUGACUCCCAUUACGAUUAAUAUCGUCAAUGUAGCAUGUUUGUUGUAACAUGAUAAAUACAAAUGAUUUAUUACAAAGCUUGAGGAAGAUCACCAAGGAUUUGAAUAUACUUCAGAAAGUAUUCACACCCCUUAAAUCAUUCCACAUUUUGUUGUGUUACCAGGUGAGAUUAAAAUUGAUUUAAUUGUCAUUUUUUGUCAACGAUCUACACAAAAUACUCUGUAAGGUCAAAGUGGAAGAAGAUUUUGCCUGUGCUUAGCUUUAUUCCGUUUCUUUUUAUCCUAAAAAACGUCCUAGCCCUUGUCGAUGACAAGCAUACCCAUAACAUGAUGCAGCCACCACCAUGCUUGAAUAUGAAGAGUGGUACUCAGUGAUCUGUUAUGUUGAAUUUGCCCCAAACAUAACCCUUUCUAUUCAGGACAUAAAGUUAAUUUAUUAGCCUCAUUGUUUGCACUUUUACUUUAGUGGCUUAUUGCAAACAGGAUGCAUGUUUUGGAAUAUUUUUACUCUGUACAGGCUUCCUUCUUUUCAGUCAGUCAUUUAGGUUAGUAUUGUGGAGUAAUUACAAUGUUGUUGAUCCGUCCUCAGUUUUCUCCUAUCACAGCCAUUAACCCUAACUGUUUUAACGUCACCAUUGGCCUCAUGGUGAAAUCCCUAAGCGGUUUCCUUCCUCUCAGGCAACUAAGUUACGAAGGACACCUGUAUCUUUGUAGUGACUGGGUGUAUUGAUAUACCAUCCAAAGUGUAAUUAAUAACUUCACCAUGUUCAAAGGGUUAUUCAAUAUCUGCUUUUUUUUAAAUUUUUACCCAUCUACCAAUAGGUGCCCUUCUUUGCGAGGCAUUGGACAACCUCCCUGGUCUUUGUGCUUGAAUCUGUGUUUGAAAUUCACUGCUCGACUGAGUGACCUUACAGAUAUUUGUACAGAGAUUAGCUAUUCAUUCAACAAUCAUGUUAAACACUAUUAUUGCACACAGGGUGAGUCCAUGCAACUUAUUGUGUGACUUGUUAAACACAUUUUUACUCCUGAACUUAUUUAGGCUUACUAUAAGAAAGGGGUUGAAUACUUAUUGACUCAAUGUCAAUGUUUUAUUAAUUUGUAAACAUUUCUAAAAAACAUAAUUCCACCUUGACAUUAUGGGGUAUUGUGUGUAGGCCAGUGACUCAAAAUCUAAAUGUAAUACAUUUUAAAUUCAGGCUGUAACACAAUAAAAUGUGGAAAAAGUUAAGUGGUGUGAAUACUUUCUAAAGGCAUAUGGGUUUGUAAAAACAUUAAUUGGGAGAGAUAUCAAAUACUUCACAUCAAAACAUCAAAACAUAUGUCUGUUGAUUAUAGUGGUAGCUCUGAAUAUGAAUAUUGUUUUACAUUUUUAUUUACGACAACAAAUUAAACUCAAUAAAUGUGUUACCAGAUAACUAGAAUUAGUAUGAUCAAUUAAUGCUAGAGAAUAGUUUCAUCGCCCUCUUCUCACCUGGAGGGGAGAGUUAUGUUUAUUCUGGUUCCUCUUGGGUGUGUGGGUUGAGAAGGAAACAUAUUCAUCACACCGCCUAGCAUCCUGAAAAGGCAAAGCCUCUCCUUCUAGCUACCACAUCUGAAUAUUAAUUUAUUUUGCUAUAAAUAUUAAAGUAAUCUGUACCUUUUAAAAUUCUUUUCAAAUUUAAAGUUCCUCCUGCCAUUGAUGAAGGCAACCCAGGAGAUGGCUGCCAGACACGUUCUAAUACAGAGAGUACUUGAUAAGGAUUUUUCUUACUCUCUCUCCUCUCUCUCUCUCGCUCUCUCUCUCUCCCCCCUCUUAGUCCACAGGGAUUCCCUGAUGCAUCCGACGUGUCAGAAAUAAUUAGGUUUUGUCAGAUUUAUCAUCGCGCCACAAACCCUUUCCCUGAGUAGGGCCCCGGAUCAUGUUAAGCCUUGUUUGUGUGUGACAGCAUUAUUAUUCUUGUUAGUAGCCCCACACAUCCGCCCACACUCUCUCUGUUGUUCUGGAGGGGAAACAUCCCCACGUCCCCACUCAGACCGGUGUUUUAGUGUUUUCACACUGCCUUUAUUCACAGUGGCUAAAGAUAUUCAUCCAUUUAGAGUUAAAAACAUGUAUCGUGUGUCCGACUGAACUGCCGGGCUGAAGUUGAUUAAUGGCGGAGACUAGCUGCAGGUUUUUCCUCUGGAGGAGCGACACGCACGCCCCUGCAUAUUAAUGACGUAUUGCGCUUUCUAUUAACAAGAUUUAAAAAAGCUUGACUCCCCUUGCUCUGGGGGACUAGAGGGGAUGAGAAAUGCUCCAUUAUUUAGUAUGCAGUGUGUUUUAUAUAUAUAUAUAUAUAUUUUAAGUCAACCAGGUGCCAUCAGUAAACUUUGGAAGGUCAACCAUGUCUGGGUGUCAGCCGUUUUCACGUUUUUCUCAUGCAAUUUUGGUACAAUUGCUUAGAGUGGAAGUGAUGUUUCAUGUUGAACUAUCGUUCACAAAUACUAUGGUUGUUGUUACAUGCUGUUUAGCAACGUAAUGCCAGCUUUGAUAUAUUUAUGAUAAUUCUGGCUGAUUUCAAUUAUUGUCAGCAAAAUUGUACAUGUUUUCUCUGAAAAAGAUUAAUAUACUGUAUGUGUAUUAAAUGGAAUAGCUAGGAUACAUUCUGUAGAAGAGGGAGGCUAUUUUAGUGAUUUCUUAGAUGUUUUUUUCUGGUUCACCCCCUGCUAAUUGUGCUGAGGGGCUUCUCCCUCACAAUCUUUCUAAUUACCUUUAACAAAUAGCAGCAUGAUAAAAUAUGUGACCAGGGUGAACAGUUGAUUCCUUAGAGCCUUGUACGCAAACAACUCAGAUAUUCAUAAGAGGAUCUCUUUGACUUCACCACCAUUGUAGACCCCUGUCUGCAGCUCACUGACCAACCACCAGACAGACAGAGAGACAGGUUUAGUUCAAAGCUGUGUGCUCAAACACCUUGGUAGUGCAUAGGUGAAAUCCGGGCUUGUGGCACUCAUUUGAAUUUCAUGGCUUUUGCGGCUUUUAACUGUAUCAAUUUCCUACUCUGAUAUCAUAUGUCUUUAUAUAUAAAAUAAUUAACAACAUAUUUCAUCCAUUCCUUUCCAGGCCAGCGAUCCACGUCAAGGAGGAGCCGUUGAACAUGGACGACGAUGACUGUCCGAUGUCGCUGGUGACGACAGCCAACCACAGCCCAGAGCUGGACGACGACCGGGAGCUGGAGGAGGGAAACCUAUCAGAUGACCUGGAGUGA